CUCCCGUCCCACCAACACACAUUUCAUUGUCCCAAAGCUUGGAAAAGGGACCGGGCAUGUCUCCUCUUGUCUAAAGCGGCAUUCAGAGCAACAUUUUUGAUUUUUGAUUUUGAUCUUUGUUGCACUUUUUCCAUAAUCAUGAAGCUGCACAGUCAGACCGCGGAGCUGCACGGGCUUUGACACCUGCCCUCCUCGCUCGCUCACUCUGUCGCACCCCCCUCCUCAAUCUCUCUCUCUUUUGUCUCUCGCAUCUCUGCAGCUCACAACCAGCAGCACCGAGCAGAGGGAGGAGGUGGAGGAGGAGCAGCACGGUGUACCUGACACCUACAGUCCCGCGCGUCGCAGCCCAUCGUCUCUCGCACAAACAUCCCGGACUGGCUGCCACGGGCGCCUCCUCCUCUCCCGUGGCUGUGUGUGUGAGAGUGAGUGAGUGAGUGUGUAUGUGUGUGUUUUAGUUAAGAGGAAAUCUGUGGAGUUUGAACGGGACACGUUGCUUUUGUUUGUUCGCAGACCCCCCAAAACUCUGAAGAAUAAUAACAAAAAUAAUAUUAAAAAAGAGAAAAGGCAACUAAACACUGUGGAUAAGGGUCUAAUCCAAAAACUGUCGGGGAUUUUCUGCGUGUGAGGAAAAAGGACUACACCUCCAAAGAUGCGUCUGCCGGUGCUUCUCUGUGUGCUGGUGAGUCUGUGUGCCGCACCGGGCCCGGUUGCCGGGGCGGAUAGAAGCUGCUCCGACCUGCGGCAGUUCUACACCGGGAAAGGGUUCACUUCGGAAAGGGUUCCUCAGACUGAGAUCUCCGGUGAACAUCUGAGGAUGUGUCCUCAGGGCCCGACUUGCUGUACCAGCGCAAUGGAGGAGGACCUGGCCGGUUUGAGCACCAAAGAAACAGAGGGACUGAUCAGAGAGGCCGGCAGGUCGCUGCAGGCUGUCUUCAAUGGUCUCCACAGGAGCUUUGACAUGUAUUUCACUGAGCUGCACAGUCGCUCCGAGCGCUCCCUGCAGGAGGUGCUGUCUCCUCUUGGCCCGCUGUACUCCCAGAACAGCCGUCUGUACGGGGAUCUCUACACAGACCUGCGUCAGUACUAUCGGGGCUCUGCUCUCAACCUGGACGAGAACCUGUCCGAGUUCUGGUCCCGCCUUUUGGAGCGCACAUUCAAAGCCUCUGUAUCCACAGAUGUCAGCUUAUCAGAGGACUACCUUGAGUGUGUUGCUAAGCAACAGGAGACGCUGCGGCCGUUUGGAGACGUCCCUCGAGACAUGAAGGCGAAGGUGAUCCGGGCGUUUGUCACAGCCAGGUCGUUUGUCCAGGGGCUGUUAGUCAGCACAGAUGUGGUCAGGAAGGUCUCACAGGUUUCUCUGAGUCCAGAGUGUGAGAGAGCCUUGAUGAAGCUGCUAUACUGCCCCCAUUGUCGUGGCAUGGCCUCUGCUAAACCGUGCUCCAGCUACUGCGCAAACGUCAUGAAGGGCUGCCUGGCCAAUCAGGCUGACCUGAACCCUGAGUGGCAGAACCUUAUAGACACGAUGAUCCAGGUGGCGUCUAGCUUCAGCACAGAGCCCAGCCUCGACGUGGUUCUUUCUUCCAUCCCAGUUCGAAUCUAUGAGGCGGUGCACUACCUGCAGGAAAACAUGGAUACUUUUACAGCUAAGGUGUAUCAGACGUGUGGAACGCCAGGAGAGCCAGGAACAGGAAGUCCCACCCCUCAUGAACAGAAGAAGAAGAGUGGCUCUUUGACCGCAUCCGAGUACAAACCCUCCCCGACUGCUGGACUCAGACUUGAAAUGCAGGUAUCGGAUCUAUCCAGUAAGCUGAGGGAGAUGCGUCAGUACUGGAUUCAGCUUUCUUUGGCGCUAUGUGGCAAACUGGCUCCUGGAGGCAACAGUCAGGACAAAUGCUGGAAUGGUAUCACUAAAGCCAGCCAGCUUCUGCAGAUUGGUUGCCCCCUCUUAAAGAAAAGAUGUGGACAGCAGACGAGUGGAGGUGCUGUCCUCACAACCAGAGCUGUGUGUCUAAGAUGACCAUACCAGCCUUGUCGCCUCUGUCAGAGCUGAGAAAGAUAUGGAGCGUUUUAAGUUAGUCGGAUGUCUGGGCUUUUGGCUUAUACAGAUGAUCGGACAGGAGUCUCUGUGGACUAUGAUGUUUGCAGACGACACUGAAGUGAGAGGUGGAAGAGAGUCUGGACAGGUAGGGCUAUGCACUGGAGAGAAGAGGAAUGAAAGUCAGAAGAGUACAUGUGUGUGAAUGAGAGAGAGAGACAGGUGGAAAGGUGAACAUAGAAGGAGUAGAUGUCGUGACAGUAGCUGAGUUUAGAUACCUGGGUUCAACCAUGCAAAGCAGAUGGUGCACAAGAGAAGUGAAGAAGAGAGUGCAGGCAGGAUAAAGUGGGUGGAGAUGUGUAUGAGGGCUGAUUUGUGACAGAAAGACAGAAGCAAGAGUGAAAGGGAAGGCUUACAAGAUGGUGGUGAGACUAUCUUGGAGACAUGAGACUGACAAAAAAAACAGGAAGCCGAGCUGGAGGUGGAGGUGGCAGAGCUGAAGAUGUUAAGAUUAUGAUUGUGAAUGACCAGGAUGGACAAAUGAGUACAUAAGAGGAGCAUCUCAGCUUGAGGGGUUUGGAGACAAACUUAGGCUGAGUUAGUCUGGACAUGUGCAGCUAUAUCAGACAAAUGAUGCUGAAUAUGGAAGUGCCAAGCAAGAGGAAAAGAGGAAGACCACGGAGAAAGUUCAGGGAUGUAGUGAAGGAAGACAUGCAGAGGGCUGAUGUGACAGAGGAGGAUGCUGGGGGUUAGGGUGAGAUGAAGGCAAAUGAUCUGUUUUGGCAACCCCUCAAGCUAUCAAGUGAAAGAAGAAGACAGAAGUUCAUAGUCUAUUUUGUGUGUGCUUUUUUCUUUGUAGCUUUUUGUUGUUGUUGACUGCAAUCCUUAAUCCCACGUGCACUUGUUACUGAAAGGCAGGAAGGCAGUUAGACAUCCGAGUCCUCCCGGAGACCCUUCUCCCCUUCAUCCCAGCAAUGACUGUUGAAUGAAGUUUCAUUCCAAAGAGAACGCUUCUUUUUAAUACUUAAAAACUGGAAAAUGCUUCUAAAGAGAAGCAGGAAACGGAGGAAGAAAGCCAAACAUCCAGUUUGUGAUGAAGCUGCUAGACACAGGCCUCCUCUUCAUGUUGAAAGCCAUUUGUUGCACCUGUGUCAAAACAAAGCAGGCAUCAGUUCCAAGGUGCCGAACUUACAUCUCUUCCACAUACAGUGAUUCCAAAUCCCAGCAGAAAUCCACAUCCUGCGACACAAGUAUUCAUGGAAACAAAAGAAAACACCCCUGUGUGUUUUCCUGCCUCCCUUAAUCCAUGUGCAAAUGGAUUAGAGAACAAUCUGAUGAUCCAGCCACGCUUCACACGUGCACACACAUUCGCACCUCCCUUUCUUUAAAGUGCUUGGAUUAGGGCCAACUAAACAUCAAAUAUGUGCUGUGCCUCUGUGUGUGUGAAUAAUGUGAAAGAAGCCAUGAAAUAAAGAUGAAUUGCUGACUGUGUGUGACUCUGUGUGAUAAAGAAUAUGCCAUUAAUACUCGCUUGCAGCUUUGCAGUGACAUCUUGUGGUUUUCUGCAGAGCUCAAUAGAUAUCAGACGCAAAAUUACAACAGAAAUCCUGUAGAAACAAUAACUCGGCAUCAUCACACAUCUUCUUUCAGUAGGAUUGUGUCGUGGUGCCCAAAUUGCAACAACAAAUUCCUUCUCCUCACAUACAAGGUCUUGAAUAAUCAGACUCCAUCUAUCUUUGGU